UAUCACUUGACAUUUCGAGAAUUCAAAUUUUGAAAUUGGAAUCUUCAUAAUUUCCAUUUGAAUCUGUGUCAGGUGUACGCGCGGUUGGGUGUCACUUUCAGGACCAAAAACGUAAUUGCAUCUCGUCGAGUUUUCAAAGCUUAGACAGGAAUUUUAUCUACGCCUUCAAAACCGGACAUUUAUGCCGUAUAACUUGACACAUCCUCGGCCAAUAAGAGAGUGGGUCUUUAAAAAGCUUGUUGCUGUUAAUUUCUUUGAGAUAAUAUUGCUUCUUGUGUUAGCACCUGCAUACUGAGUACACCAGAGACUUUAGUUUAACUUCAUUCGGCUGAGCAUCGAACUGCAAGGCUUGACAAGAUUUGACUGUUUUUACGGUCCAUAUUUAAGAUGAGACACUUGUGCGGUUUUUCAGACCUCAUGUACUUGCUUAUUCAACUGGCUUGCUCAGUUCCACUUUCGACGUGUUGUCGUCAUCCUGGGUAUCACCCUACAAACUUCACCUCCGCUAAACAUCGCGAUAUUUACAUGAACGGCACCCUUUUUUUUGCCGGUUUGUUUCCGAUACAUUACGCACCGCAAAACAACAGCACGUCCAAGGAAUGCCGCGGAAAAUUAAACAUUCGCGGAUUCGAGGAAACCUUGGCCAUGCUUUACGCUCUGGAGCAGAUCAACAACGAUUUGAAAAUCCUUCCUGGAAUCACCAUUGGCGCAGACAUCAAAGACACAUGUAGCAGUGUUGACUUUGCGAUUCGGAAAUGCUUGAAUUUCAGUUUUGUUAAGAAAAACAUGGAGAGCCUUAUGUGUGAAAGGACACGACCGAAACGAAGCUUAGAACACGAUCCCAUAACGGUAGCUAUUGUUGGCUUGGGAACAAGCGAUGUGGCCAUGGCAGUAGCAAAUUUCGCGGGAUUGUUUUAUGUUCCCGUUGUAAGUUACGCGUCCACAAGCAGAUUGCUCAGUAAUCGAAUUCGUUUCAAAUAUUUCCUACGAACAGUUUCCUCCGAUACUCUCAUGGCCAGGGCAGUUAUCGAUUUUUUGCGCGCCUUAAAAUGGAAUUUCGUACACGUUUUGUAUUCCGACACAGACUACGGUCGAUCGGCGAUUGAAACAUUCGAGCACGUUCUUUCAGCCUCGGCGGGAACGAAAAUUUGUGUGGCAGUGAAAAGGACUUUUACACAACACACGAAUUCCCGAGAAAUUGAAGGUUUCCUCUCCGAUAUGAGAGCGAAGCAAAACGCGAAAGCGAAAGCGGUGCUGCUUUUUACGACGAUCGAGGACACGGAGCUCAUCUUGAAGUAUUUCGACGAUCUCGGAAUGAAGGAUUAUGUGUUUAUUGCUACUGAUCACUUUACCGGGCCCACAAACAGGUUCCACAGCUCCCGAGAAAUGCUUCGACGGAUUGUCGGUGUCACGCCGCACAAAGGUUCCGCUGAAGAGUUCGUUAAAUAUUUUGAACGCUUCAACGGAAGUGCUAGUGGCUGCCCAUGGCUGGAUGAAUACCGCGGACACCAUCAUACGAAAAAUCCCGGACAACUGUCGGCGUAUGUCCCAUACGUUAUCGAUGCAGUUUACGCCGCCGCUUACGGCUUGCACGACCUUCUGAACUGCACUCAAGGCAAAGGCUGCCAAUUUUCACCAGAUGAAUUUUCAAAUUUAAACAGGGAUGAUGGAUUUCUCAAAAGCAUUCAAAGCGUGAAGUUCACAGGUGUAUCACGUGAUCCAGUUUCUUUUGAUUCCAACGGAAACGGCCUGGGUGCUUAUGACAUCACGGUGGUCAAUAAAGAGACUGAGCAAUGGGAGCCAAUCGGGAGCUGGAUUUCCAACACGUCAAACGUGCUUGACCUGCCUGCAAAUGUGUCAUUCCUUGAUUUAAAUUUGGCGAAAUUGCGAAUGUUCUGGCAGAAAGUGUUCGACAGCUCUGUUGAGCCAACCUCGUUUUGCGGUCAGCAGUGUCCUCCCGGACAUUUGAUGCUAUCAGAUGAACGUCACCAGAGCUGCUGUUGGACAUGCGUUUCAUGCGGUACCAAUGAAAUUUCUUACAAUCCAGUAAAUGGCUCUUGCCGUCGCUGCCCAGCUCGUUAUUGGACAAACGAGAACCACACCGCAUGUUUACCCAUAAUACCCACCGCGGUCAAGCUUAGUGACCCGGCCGGCAUAUCGGUUGGCGUGGUUGCAAUGCUAGGAGUUCUGGGUGUCUUUUCCAUCGUGGUGGUUUACUGUCGUCAUGGCAACACCCACAUAGUGCGUGCGUCAAGCAAGGUGCUGAGCUACAUCAUGCUGUUCGGAAUAUUCCUUGGUUACUUGACGGCGGUUCUGAUUUUGUUCGAGAGAACAGAGACUCUGUGCCAGAUUGUGCUUUUUUCCUUUAGUAUUGGUUUCUGUAUCGUGGUGGGAACAUUGUUGAUCAAGACAAACCGGAUACACCGGAUAUUCAGUAAAAGAGCUAUGAGAAAAGGAACCCCGCCAUGUUUAAGCGACAAAUGGAUGGUAGUCUUUAUCAGCGGCUUCGUUGUCAUAGAAACAGCUAUCUGUACAAUCAUUGUAUUCACUACCUCGGAUGGAGGGCUCAAAGAAGUUGUGUACUCUGAAAUGAGAAACGAAGCCUUCGUACAAUGCAAACUUGCAUCCUACGCCAACUACAACAUGGCUCUGUGGUGGUGUUUUAACAGUGGUCUGGUGUUAGUUUGCACGUACCAAGCUUUUCUCACGAGAAAGGUGCCCGGCAACUACAAUGAAGCUCGUUUCAUAGCUUUCAACAUGAUGACAAUCUCGACAGACGUGUUGAUGUUCUUCUUGUCUUACUACGCGACGCAAACUUACUAUAAAGAUAUUCUGGUAAGCUCUUUCUUGAUCGUCGCCGCCACAGUGACCAUCGCUUGUAUGUUUGUACCUAAAGUCUACGUGAUUGUGUUUCGCCCUCAGAAGAACGUCGAUCGCAGCUCAACCGUGAAUCUCGGGACGCUUGCUGACGAUGAAGAUGAACACAAUGACAGGAAGAUCAGUACAAGAUCCAACACAUCAGUGCUUAGUUCUCUCUCUACCACCAGCAGCAAUCAGGUGGACGCGAAAGAAAACAGGGCUUACGAUGACAAAAACACGGAGAAGAGAAACAGAAAAAUAUCCACUGUUAGUUUCGACCGUAAUCCACAAGAAGAUUGGAACCUAGACGGAUGCCACGAGCGACCUCCAGUCACAUCACGUGACUCUAAUUUAAGCGUCCGUACUGUUCGAUUUGAAGACGAAAUCGAUCUGGAUUUUGUCCCUGAUUCUACAACUUGUGAUGACAAAUUUCCAGAAGAGUUUGAAUACCGACGGAGGGAAUCGACUAUCUGAACUUGUUGUUUUCUUUUAGGGCACAGCAUUUGUUUGGCACAAUGCGACUUAUUAAGCGAGGAAGUCAGCUCUCCACCCGUCUAUGCAAACUGUUUUUUUUAUUUGUCGUGUCUAAGGCCCCGUCUUUGAACUUUUCUUCAAGAUAUAAAGUUAUUAUCAAUAGUCCAAUGCGAAUCAGGAAAACGUUAACAGUAUUUUUAAAGUAAGAUGUUUCACCGCAAAAUUUUCAAAUUUUUUAAAAACUAUUUGAACAAUAAGAUUCAAUUAUUCGAGGAAGUUUCAUCCACAGUAUUUAAACUGCAUCGUUUUAAUGCAUUUUUCUUGUUAUAAUGUUACGCUUUUCUACAAAAAAGUUAUAUUUUUCCAUUCAUUGAUGUAUGACUACUUUGGACACCAGCCAUUGAGCUGAAUGGACCAGGCAAUUAAGGAGUUAAAUUCCUACAAUAAAGACGAAGGAAAAAUUAUGCGUAGAGUUUGAUUGCAGAUGUUUAAUUCAAAAUUUUUUUUAGCGCACAACCAGCGUCAGUAGAGAAUUAUCAGGAGAAUCCGAAAACCAACACAAUUUUGAGGGCCCCACUGAAAACCGCUAUGGCGAGCUGGGUUCCCUAGUGAAAUAUCCUCAUCAUCAUCAUCAUCAUCAUCAUCAUCAUCAUUAUUAUUAUUAUUAUUAUUAUUACUGAGCCAAGAAGUGGACCUGCAUAUAGCUACAGUGUAUUUGUAAAGUAGAGUUUUUGCCAUUUAAAUGUGUAGAGUAUUUUUUACUGUUCUUAUUUAAAUUUUUUCGACAAAUGACAAUAGGCAAAUUUAUAAGGGUUGUAAAGAAUGAGUGUAAUUUGUAAUUCGUUUGUAAGUUAGUAUUUCCCUGACAUAUAUAUUGUCCUAAGAAUUUUUACAGUUG